AUGGCAGAGCCAACAAAAAGGCGACUCGACGAUUUAUUGAUCCCGGGCAGGUUUCUGAAUGUUGCCGCAUUGCUUUUGGAGUUUUCCGUGUUCUCGCAGGCGGCUUUUAUGUAUUAUAUGAUGUAUGCUGGAGCUGCGCCGAAGCUACAAAAUUGUGGUAACGAAGUGGGCACCUGCUCCCAAUUCGAUGCUGGAAACUGCAGCGAGCCCCACUUCAACGUUCAAUUCAAUUCAAUCAAUGUCGAGUGGGGCUAUGUAUGCGGUCUGUCACGCAUUGUCAAGAAGUCCAUUUCAUACCAAAUGGUCGGCGUGCUCGUCGGUACCGUCGUGUUUGGGCAGCUCGCUGAAGAUUUGGGCCGAAAAAUUGCGUUGUUGAUGGCAAUGGUUGGCAGCACGAUCAUGUUCUUUGCCACCGCGUUUACGUUCGACCUCACUUCUUUCACGCUCAUCCGCACGAUCGGUGGCUUUUUUAGCGGUGGCCAAAUAGUAUUGGCCCUGGUCUUCAUGCUGGAAACAACCCCAAAAUCGAUGCGAAUGUGGAUCUCAUUAUGCAUUUCCUGGUCGCCGAAUAUCAUCAUCUUUUCGGCUCUUGCUUACUGGACGCAAAGCUGGCAACAAUUGACCUUGGUGGUUGGCAUAAUUUCAGUAAUCCCGAUCCUGAUACUGCUCUUCCUAGUUCCGGAAUCCCCGAGAUGGCUGCUGCAGAAGGGUCGACUCGGCGAUGCAAAGAAUGCAUUAAAUUGGAUUUACAAACUCAACAAGAAAGUUUUGGAUCCCGCCACCUUAGAAGAAGUCCUAAACUUGGAAAUCCAGGCACGCCAAUCUUCAACCAAAAAGAGCAGCUACACGCUCCUCGAUGUUUUCAAGCACCGAAGUCUGGCUGUUCCGAUGAUAGUACUCUGCACGACGAUUAUGUUCACCGCCAUCAACUCCUAUGGCAUCAUCUUCAAUAUUGAGGAACUAUCAGGAGUUAUUUAUGUAAACGCCGCUCUGAAUGGGAUUUUACGCUACUCCUUCAACAUCAUGUUCGCAAUCCUCGAGCCACGAAUCCCGAGCAUGGGCAGGAAAAAUAUGCACACUUUUUCCGUGUCAGUUGUCUUGGUCGCGCUAGCAGUCGUCAUCUACGGACAAUUUUCAGAAAUAGCAACCCUAAAGCCUAUUAUUAGCUUCUUCUUAGUCCUAGCUGCGUCAAUGGCUUCACAGCAAUAUCAGUUACGGCCAAUGAACUACUACCUACACCCGUUCGAACAACUGGUUAUUCACUGGUUCAGCAUCGUAAUCACAGGAGUAAUCGGGGCCCCGCUGAUCUUCUUCCUCGCCGAUAUAUCGCCACAUCUACCAUUUCUUAUGAUGUUCACCUUAGGGAUUCUACAAUUAAUCCUAUUUCAAGUGUUCGUACCGGAGACAAAGGGGCAAGCCAUGCAAGAGCAUAUGCCAGUGAAGACAAAUCAAGGCUACAUGCUACCCCCAGAACAAGGCCUUGUCACCAAGAUG